AUGGCUUUCCCUGCGGGACUACCACUCCGAAAGUUAGAUCACAAUUUCAACAAUGCUGAGGGAAGUAUUUUGUCUUUUGAUCAAAUGCGGAGCCUGACCAUGGCAAAUCCUCUUUGGCGAGAGUUCAUCAACAAUCGUUUAGCCCUCGAACGUCGUUAUGGGCAGCUUCUGCACUUGUACGAAGAAAUGUUUUCGAACUACUUUGGUGGUUUCAUGCCAAUCCACUACGGGACCUUGACCAGCAGCACCAUGGAUCCCGAAACUGUGGUCAAAAUAAUUCUGACGAUUGCAGAAAUUUCGAUGUCUGAAUCUUCAGAAUCAUCUGAGAGCCCCUUCACAGAUGAGGACGAUACUCUGAAGAGAUUGGGUUGGGAGGAUAUACAAGCAAAGCAGUCUUGCUGGGCACUUUUAUCUGAUACGUACGCCGCAGCAACAACCGUGUCAACUAGAACACCAGGACCCUAUGGAAGCAACCCUGUCCUGCUUCACAUAGAUGGUGUUUCUGAUGACGAACUUUGUGAUCAACUAUUCGUCGCCAGAGAAGCGGGGUGCAUCGGCAUUGUUAUUGAGCUCGUGGAAACCCAGUUCAAUGGGAGAGUCUUGGAACCCAGUCUUCUCAGCCGGCUGAGCGCCAUGUGCGCGGAGUACCAAUUACUGUUAGCAGUAGAUGAAACUCUGACUGCCAUACGUUGCGGUGCACCCUUUUGCUUCCAACGGGAGGAGUACUUCGAUGUGAUCUCCCCCGAUCUCGUGUUUUUUGGCAAGGCUACUGGCUCCCAGGGAAUUGCCAUCAGCUUUGAUGGGCAAUUUGUCAAAAAGUUUGGGCUCUCGGGGACUUCACGCGGUCGGGCUGUUCGUAAGUGGCAAAACAACUUCCAGAAGCCCCUGCCGACUGCAGACCUGAUUCAGGCCAUGGCUACAAUUGAGAUUGCAGUUCAGGGGAACUUUGUGAUGUUGAGUAGAAUCAUCGGACAGGCCAUCCGCGACUUUGUCCUCGAACAGGCAGCAGAACGAGGACACGAGGUGACUCCUCCUGAAAUUCUUGGAGGGCUAGAGAGCCUAAUCUUUGUAAGGAAGGACAUUGCUGGAGAGAUGCUGGUCAUGGGCGCGAAAACGGCUGGUUCGUGGAUACCUUGGGUUAAGUGGCUCCCCAGGCUUGAGAAAGAUAUGACGAGAAGCGAGGUGCUCGAAGAAAUCAUUGGUAGGAGUAGCAGAUCAGCUCGCGAGGAGCUCUCAAAUUUAAAGACGAUUGGUGUCGAAGGUGUUGCAUUGGCAUGUGCGAGGGGGAGGUGUGUGGGCGUCACUUCUUCCGGCAUCAUUGUGUUUAAGAACAAGUCACCUCAAGAAGUAGGGUUAACUAGGAUCACUAUGUUCCUCUUCCUUCUUUAA